CGCAGUCGUCGGUGGCCGGCGCAGCAGCAGUGAGAUGCCCCAAUGCCGUACUUUGGCGAUCCUCGCAAGAGUGGCGGUAAGUGGGCCUUUUCGGAGCAGCCGCGCACCUACAAGGAGCGUUGCCACUACUGCAGCUACAAUGGGAGCGACCAGGAUAUCAUGUCCAAGCGGAGGAUAGCGGCGCGCACCUUCGGCUUCCAGAGGCAUCCGGUUUACAAGACGUCGUGCAUGGUGGAGCCGUUGAGGGAGUGCACAUACUACGCCCCGGAGGAGGAGCGGCUCAACAAGGACGUGGAUGGCUUCAUCCGGGAGAUUCACGACAAGAGGCGAGGCAGGGACAAGGAGAUUCUGGCGUGUAACAAGGUGGCGCGAGCGUACGAGGAGUACAAGCUCGUGUGCAAGAGGGAGGAGGCGUGGGACAAGGAGAAGCUGCGCGACGAGUUUUUCCGCGUGAAACCCCACGGCAGGACCUUCUCCAACCGGAGUGCCGUCAAAUACGACAUCUUCACCAUGGAGUACGAGGACAGCUUCUACGGAAGACAAUUCAAGCACGAGGAUGACUUGGCCAGGUGGCGGCAGACUCUGCGCAAGCUCUUCCUCCAGGCCCGCUCCAGCGGCGUGCCAGACUUCAACAUUGUGGACUGGCGGCGGCUGCCCGCGCCGGUGGAGCCCGCGAGGCCGAGGCCGCCCGGGCCCGACCCGGCCAAGGCGCUCCACGGGCUGGAGAUGCAGCGAUUCAAGCCCGUGGCGGUGGAGCCCGGCGACAUCGUCCCCGGCGACGGCAAGACCGCGGAGCUGCUCCACUUCUCGCCCAUCCCGCACCAGCGGCCACUCGCCUCCGUCAGGGACGUCAUUGUCAACGUCGAGCACCCGUGGCAGCACUGCUGCUAG